ACUGAGGCCAGCGCGUCUGAAAUCCUAGAGCGGCCGCCAGAGAAGCGGCGGGGAGGUCACCUCUUUCUCCCUUGCAGGGCAGCACCAAGCGAGUAAAGACAUCUUUUCACAGCUAAAGGCGACCAAAAAGGAGGAGAUGGAAGACCAGGACCCAGAAGGACCUGGCAAGAGAGCAAGGAAAGGCCCCCAUCGCACCCAAGCUGCGACUGGUGUUGAAUUCCGGGAGAGAGCUGUGCCAGGACCCCUGAGCUCAGAAACAUUUUGUGGAUGCUUCCGGCAGCUCUGCUACCGUGAAGCCGAUGGGCCCCGAGAGGUUUGCAGCCAGCUCCAUGGACUUUGCAACCACUGGUUGAAGCCAGAGAGGCACUCCAAGAAGCAGAUCCUGGACUUGGUGGUCCUGGAGCAAUUCCUGGCCAUCCUGCCCCUAGAAAUGCAGUGCUGGGUCAGAGGAUGUGGGCCAGAGACCAGUUCCCAGGCGGUGGCCCUGGCCGAGGGUUUCCUCCUGAGUCAGGCCGAGGAGAAGAGGCAGGCAGAACAGAUGCGGGGUCCACCUGUGAAGCUGAAAGCUGAGUUUUCCGAGAUGGGAGGAGCUCUGUUGGAGGAAAGGCAGCAGCCUCAGACCCAGCAGCAUGUCCCAGACGCCCGGUCACAUGGCCAUGAGGAGGGAGUAUUGAUCCGCUCUCUUGGCACAGGUGUGGAAACAGCUGCUGCCCCUCCAGUCCAGACUCCAGUUUCCUUGGAGGAGGUGGCCGUGUAUUUCUCCGAGGCAGAGUGGGCCCUGCUGGACCUGGACCAGAAAGCUCUCUACAGGGAAGUCAUGCUGGAGACCUCCGAGAGUCUGGCCUGCGUGGAAGCCAGGAAUUUAAGAGAGAUUACGGUGGAGAAAGACAAAUGUGUUGCAUCCAAAGAAAGGCUGGUUGCGACAGGAGAUGAGCAGUGGAAUGAGGAGAAUGAGGAAGUGCAUCAGCUAUUGCCAGAUAGAGUCAAAAAUGAAGAGCUUAUGAGACAUGCCAAGAAUCAAGCUGGACUGAAGAGACAGAAAGGAAGUCAUGUGGUUAAGAAGAGGGAUGAGGGUUUCCUUGAACUAAUUCAGACGGUAGGGCAGACAGAUGCGUGCUUGGUUUGUGGACUAAACUCCUCAGAUAAAAUCCAAUAUGAGAUCCAUUUGCAAAUGCACAGUGGAAAGAAGACCCAUGCAUGCUUGGAGUGUGGAAAGAGUUUCCUUUGCAGAGAAGCGAUCCUUAGUCAUCAAAAAACACAUGCUGAAAAGAAACCCUACCGCUUUUCAGACUGUGGCAAUAGCUUCUCACAAAAAUCAGACAUUGUUCAACACCAAAGGCUUCAUUCAGGAGUGAAGCUGUUAAUCUCACCAGCGACUGGAAUAACAUUCUCUAAUAGAAGAAAAGGUAAGGUACAUGUUCCAAAGAACAGUAUAAUGAAGGCACAUAAAUGCUUUCGGUGUGGAAAGUACUUCAAAUGUAGAUCAGAUCUCCUUGUGCAUCAAAGAAUACACACAGGGAAGAAACCUUUUAAACGCACAUUGUGCCGAAAGAGAUUUAGACAAAGUUGCAGUCUACAGGAGCAUCGAAGGACCUACACAAGGGAGAAACCUUUCAAAUGCUCAGACUAUACAAAGAGAUUCAGUCAAAAUAGUCAUCUUCAAAGGCAUCAAAGAACCCACGUGGAGGAGAAACAGUUUGAAUGCUCAGAAUGUGGAAAGAGAUUCAAUCAGAUUUCCAAUCUUCAAAAGCAUCUAAGAACUCACGGAGGGGGAAAAUCUUUUAAAUGCCCAGAGUGUGGAAAGAGAUUCAGUCAGAGUAGGAGUCUUCAAAUGCAUCAAAGCACCCAAACAGGAAAGAAACCUUUUGAAUGCUCAGAGUGUGGAAAGAGAUUUAGUCGUAGUGGCAACCUUCAAGUUCAUCAAAGAACCCGCACCGCGGAGAAAUGUUUUGAAUCCUCAGAGUGUGGAAAGAGAUUCAUUGGUAGUGACCUCCUUCAAGUGCAUCAAAGAACCCACACAGGGGAGAAAAAAAUUGAGUGCUCAGAAUGUGGAAAGAGAUUCAGUCACAGUGGCAAUCUUCAAAGUCAUCAAAGAACCCACAAAGGGGAGAAACCUUUUGAAUGCUCAGAAUGUGGAAAGAGUUUCAGUCGCAGUCACAGUCUUCAAAUUCAUCAAAGAUGCCACACAGGUGAGAAACCUUUUGAAUGCUCAGAAUGUGGAAAGAGAUUCAGUCACAGUAGCAGUCUUCAAAUUCAUCAAAGAUCCCACACAGGGGAGAAACCUUUUGAAUGCUCAGAAUGUAAAAAGAGAUUCAGUUCCAGUGGCCAGCUUCAAAGCCAUCACAGAACCCACACAGGGGAGAAACCUUUUGAAUGCUCAGAAUGUGGAAAGAAAUUCAGUUGGAGUAGCCAGCUUCAAAGCCAUCAAAGAACCCACACAGGGGAGAAACCUUUUGAAUGUUCUGAGUGCGGAAAGAGGUUUAGUUUCAGUGGCCCCCUUCAAAGCCAUCAGAGAACCCACACAGGGGAGAAACCUUUUGAAUGCUCAGAGUGUGGAAAGAGAUUCAGUCGCAGUGGCCACCUUCAAAGCCAUCAAAGAACCCACACAGGGGAGAAACCUUUUGAAUGCUCAGAGUGUGGAAAGAGAUUCAGUCGCAGUGGCCACCUUCAAAGCCAUCAAAGAAUCCACACAGGGGAGAAACUUUUUGAAUGCUCAGAGUGUGGAAAGAAAUUCAUUCACAAAUGUAAAAAGAGAUUCAGUUCCAGUGGCCAGCUUCAAAGCCAUCACAGAACCCACACAGGGGAGAAACCUUUUGAAUGCUCAGAAUGUGGAAAGAAAUUCAUUCACAAUCACAAUCUUCAAAGCCAUCAAAGAACCCACACAGGGGAGAAACCUUUUGAAUGUUCUGAGUGCGGAAAGAGGUUUAGUUGCAGUGGCCCCCUUCAGAGGCAUCAGAGAACCCACACAGGGGAGAAACCUUUUGAAUGCCCAGAAUGUGGAAAGAGAUUCAGUCGCAGUGGCCACCUUCAAAGCCAUCAAAGAACCCACACAGGAGAGAAACCUUUUGAAUGCUCAGAGUGUGGAAAAAGAUUCCGUCACAGUAGCAGUCUUCAAAGCCAUCAAAGAACCCACACAGGAGAGAAAGCUUUUGAAUGCUCAGAAUGUGGAAAGAGAUUCAGUUGGAGUGGCCAGCUUCAAAACCAUCAAAGAACCCACACAGGGGAGAAACCUUUUGAAUGCCCAGAAUGUGGAAAGAGAUUCAGUCGCAGUGGCCACCUUCAAAGCCAUCAAAGAACCCACACAGGAGAGAAACCUUUUGAAUGCUGAGUGUGGAAAGAGAUUCAGUAACAGUAACAGUCUUCAAAUGCAUCAAAGAACCCACACAGGGGAGAAGCCUUUUGAAUUCACAUAGUGUGGGAAAAGAUUCAUUCAGAUUUCUCAUCUUCAAAUGCAUCAAAGAAUCCACAUAGCGUAGGAAUUAUUUGAAUCCCCAGAGCAUGGAAAGUCAUUCAGUCACUGUAGCCAUCUUGAAAUGCGUCUGAGAAACCAUAGGGUAAACCUUUUAAAUGUUCAGACUGUAGAAAGAGAUCCAGUCUCAAUUGUGCUGUUCAACAGAAUCAAAGAACUCAAUAAAGGGGAGACCUUUUAAAU